CCAUAAACUUGACUAGCUGAUGACUAUUGAGUAUUGACUAAGGCUAUAUCUAUAUGAACAUCCUUCCCUCUCAAACUAAAAAUUGCGUAUUCUUCUUCUUCACCAUUUUUCUUACAAAACCACCAAAAUACAUGAUCACGUACUCAAUAAUUUAGCUACAAAAAUGUCUUACAAAUCUCUCAAUCAUAUCACGAUCUCUGAUAUUGAAUCUCAAGGCAUACCAUCUGAAAUUGCUGUUCAAAUUCACCAUAAACUUACCCAGAUUAUCCACGAUUAUGGGCCUUCUUCCUCAAAAACAUGGCAGAACAUCACAAAACAUGUGUUGAAUCCAGAACUUCCAUUUUCAUUUCAUCAGAUGAUGUACUAUGGCUGCUACAAAGAUUAUGGUCCUGAUCCUCCUGCUUGGUUACCAGAUUUGAAAAGUGCGCGACUAACUAAUAUUGGCCAGCUUCUAGAAAGACGAGGAAAAGAAUUUUUAAGGUCGAAAUAUGAGGAUCCUAUGUCAAGCUUUUCUGACUUCCAAGUGUUUUCUGUCUUGAAACCUGAGGUUUACUGGAAAUGCAUACUGGAAGAGAUGGGUGUAUCAUUUAGCAAGCCCCCUUACUGUAUUUUGUAUGAGAACUCAUCAUACCCCGGAGGCCAAUGGCUUCCAGGAUGUUUCUUGAAUCCAGCUAAAAUUUGCUUGAGUUUGAACGGAGAGAGGAAUUUAGAUAGUAUUGCUGUUUUGUGGCGCAACGAAGGGGAGGACAAUAUGCCUAUAAAGAAGAUGACCCUUCAGGAGUUGCGUGGAGAGGUGUGGUUGGUUGCACAUGCACUUGAUGCACUGGGUCUGCCACAGGGAUCAGCAAUUGCUAUAGAUAUGCCAAUGAAUAUUGAUUCCGUUAUAAUCUAUCUUGCUAUUGUUCUUACAGGCAAUGUAGUUGUCUCCAUUGCUGAUAGUUUUGCAUCAAGUGAAAUAGCGACAAGACUAAGAAUAGCAAAAGCAAAAGCCAUAUUUACACAGGAUUUCAUUUUACGUGGUGGGAAAAGUAUACCCCUUUACAGGAGAGUUAUUGAUGCUCAAUCACCCAUGGCAAUAGUUAUUACUACUAGAGGAUCCCAAUUUAGCACAGAUUUACGUAGUGGUGACAUUUCCUGGCAUGAUUUCCGAGAACGUGUAAAUAAGGGAGGGGAAUACAGAGCUGUGGAUCGACCAGUGGAAGCUUUCUCUAACAUUCUUUUCUCAUCUGGAACCACAGGGGAACCAAAGGCAAUCCCUUGGACCCAGGCGACUCCUCUUAAGGCUGCUGCAGAUGGUUGGUCUCACAUGGAUAUUCGUAGCGGUGAUGUUGUUGCUUGGCCAACUAAUCUUGGUUGGAUGAUGGGUCCUUGGCUAGUUUAUGCGUCUUUGAUCAAUAAUGCUUCCAUUGCUUUAUAUAAUGGAUCUCCCCUCACAUCUGGAUUUUCUAAGUUUGUACAGGAUGCUAAUGUAACCAUGCUUGGAGUAGUUCCGAGUAUCGUCCGUGCUUGGAGAAGUACAAAGUGCACUGUUGGAUAUGAUUGGUCAUCCAUCCGCUGCUUUGGCUCUACUGGGGAAGCUUCAAGUGUAGAUGAAUACCUGUGGCUUAUGGGGAGAGCAUGUUACAAGCCUGUGAUUGAGUAUUGUGGUGGUACAGAGAUUGGGGGUGGGUUUAUUACUGGAUCUUUACUGCAGCCUCAAGUAUUAGCAGCUUUUAGUACGCCAGCUAUGGGCUGCAGCCUCCUUUUACUUGACAAUAAUGGAACUCCCAUUCCGCAAAACAUGCCAGGAUUUGGAGAGUUGGCUCUUGGCCCGUUGAUAUUUGGAGCUUCACAUACACUCCUUAAUGGUGACCAUUACAAAGUCUACUACAAAGGAAUGCCGACAUGGAAAGGAAAGGUUUUGCGGAGACAUGGAGAUGUGUUUGAGCGUACUUCUACUGGGUAUUUUCGAGCUCAUGGCCGUGCUGAUGAUACAAUGAAUCUUGGCGGUAUCAAGGUAAGUUCCAUCGAGAUUGAGCGUAUAUGUAAUAGAGUCGAUAGCAGCAUUCUAGAGACAGCAGCCAUUGGUGUCCCACCUCCUGAUGGAGGGCCUGAGCAGCUAGUGAUUGCAGUUAUUUUCAAAGAUGCAAGUAAAUCCAUGCCCGGCUUGAACGAGUUGAAAACGUCUUUCAAUUCCGCACUACAGAAACAACUGAAUCCUUUGUUUAGGGUUUCUCGCAUUGUCUCACUGCCGUCUCUCCCAAGAACAGCAACCAACAAGGUUAUGAGAAGGGUCCUCCGUCAGCAAUUCGCGCAACCUUCCUCAGCUUCCAAGCUGUGAAUCAAGUUGUGAUUACUGAUUACCAAUUUGGAUAUCAUAAAAGUUGCUAAUUAAAAAUAGAUAGUAUUGUGAAUUUGCAAUAUUAUUACUCGAACGGUCUCAAUGUUCCGUCUUAGGCGCCAGAUUGUAAUAUGUACUCGGGCUGAGGAUUACUUUGUAGAGAUGUGGCCAAUUGAAGCUUCGCCAUGAAAGGUUGGGCGGAUACAAAAGGAUAAUAAACAGUCGGUAGCACAAAAACAUGGCUUUUGUAAUGUUUUAUUGGAAGAUAGACCGGCGUGAAUAUUCCUAUGAUUGUAUAUAAGAACAAGUAUUUCAUUUUGAAUUGUAGAUUUAUGAAAUUAUAGGUGAAUUAUUUUCAAA